AGCGCAUGCUUUCCGCAAUGACCCUAAACCCCAAAUGACGAGGCUCCUGUAUCCACGUCUCUCGCCCAUAAAAAUUGUCGCACUUACCUCACACUUGACACAUUAAUGAGUGUAAACCUACACGUACAUGUGCAUGGAGGACAUGAAAGUAGAGCAAGUGUGGACCUUAUUAACCCGAAGAACAUUUUCUUUGUUAAUGAGGAUGACGUUAGUGUCGCUAAAUCUUUAAGUAGGUAAGAAUACGCAUGGGUGAUUUUGUAGACUCUUUAGGUUGCAGCAACUUUCAUGGAACUUCUGUGAAUAGCUUGCCAUAAAAUUUGUUUUUUUGGUUGGACGAUGGGCAUGGGACCCCAUCAUCUGGCGACGUUUGUACUAGUAAAUUGUGAGUAUGCAAACGUAAUCUGGCGUGUUGAUACUUGUUCCAUAUUUUUCUCGCUUGGAAAAUUCAUAGCGAUCUACAAUUAAUGUCGUAAUUCUUGUUCACUUGAUACUUUGCUUACUUAGUUAGGAUCGAUUGGGUCUAGAUUGAGUUUUCUCCAUUUUCCUUUCUUCCGUACAUAUGCAAGAUGGAGGACGAGGACGUAGUGCCUGCUCCUCGGUCGCAGUCGCCUAUCUCAGGCACAGGGGAGAAGAAGAAAAAGGAAAAGAAAGAGAAGACUGGCCUCGAGAAAAUGGACCCAGACUCGCUUACUUUGGAAACCCUGACAAGCGUGAUCGAAGACAAGGAAAUAAAACGGGAGGAAAAGAAAGAAAAGAAGAUGAAUAAGGAAAUGAUGUUAGCGAUUCAAGAAGAUGAAGAGGAGAACGACGGUGAAGUGCGCCCGAGGCUAUUCGGUAAGAUUUUUAUGAUUCGUUUUUAUCGUCGUUUGAAUACUACAACCCAGAAAUUUUUACAUUUUCAUCGUCUGCGGGCUCCGCUGGAAAAUGAUAGCAGAAGUACUCGAUGUAGUUUUUGUUCCUCGACUCCACGCUUGAAGAGUAUGUCAAAGAGAUUUGUGUUAAGCAUUGCGUACAAAAUUUUUCCACCUAAGUAGCUGUGCUUAGUAGAGUUAUAAAAUGGAACAAAUGUAAACACUGAGUGGAAUAGUACAUGUAAAAAUACAUGAAGACGAUCAAUCCGAACGAGAUGUUCUUCGAGUAUUACUAACUCGUUGGUGAAAAAUUGUGCCUAGAUAUGGACUGCAAUAUUUCUAGUUCGAUAUGGUUGCUACUUGAGUUGACGAGCAAUCCGUUUGCAUUUUCCUUUCCCUCUCUCUGCAGGUGAUGUCAGUUUCGGCCCAGGGAACGUUCCCGGUUUGAUGCCGAUUGCGAGACCGGGGGGAACAGCGAUUAUACCAGACAUUGAUGACGAGGAUAAAGAGAAAGAGAAAAAGAAGAAGAAAGAUAAAAAGAAAGACAAAAUAAAAUCUUCCGCACCAGAGGGAGAGGGAGAACAUGAUGAACACGCAAAGCACCAUCACGACCAGCUCGAACAAAUACAUUCUGGCGCAGACCACGGGGGAGAAGAUGAGGCAAGUGCGAAGCACCAGGAGCACCAUCACAAGGUAACACCUGAAGGCGAGCAUCACCACGCGAGUGGGAAGCAACAUCACCAGAUAAAGUCUGGGGCGGAAGGGGAGCGGGCUAUAGUUAGUGAAAAUGAUUCUGUUGUACUUGAAGAAGGUGGUGAUGAUGUGACAACUACGAGAAGCCGUUGUAGCAAGGAGAAAACGUCUGGAAAAAGACAACAGCAAAUGAAGGAGGAAGAUUUUAUAGCGGGAAACUUUUUUCGCCAAGACGAGCUACCAGGGACGCAAACGGGUAGUGGCACAACAUCGAGAGACGGCGGCCGCGGCGGCGUAGAUGAUCUUGUUGAAGAUCAAGAUGGCUAUUACACUAAAGACGGAACCUCCGGAAGUCGGCAUAGUCAUUCCUCGGAACAUCAUCUCUCAAUUCACCACUUCGAUUUUUAGGGCGACAACAAAUAGUACCCUCCCUGGAUCUUCGAAAGACUGCAGACAGGAGCUAGAUCAACAGCGGGGGCUACGGAUAAUGAAGGUCUUACAUCUGAGUCGAUUAAGAUUUUCCUUGGUCUUAUGAUCUUUCUCGCUCCGGUGGAUGAGGACUUGAAUAAGUACAGAUUGACAUUAAGAAUGACAAAAUGCUCGAAAUUCAGAUUUCAUUUAGUUUUUUUUUCUUUAUCACUGAUAUCUUUCUACAACAGGCUGAGAUGAACAUGAAGCUCGUUGUGGCACUUACUAGAAGCAUAGUUAACACGAACAAGAUAUAGUGGAUUUUUAGUAUCGCACUGAAUUCCAAUUGCAAUUCCAAACCGCUUGGCUUUAUUGUUUUUUCGCGAUUGCCGUGAAAGGUCGGUCUAUGGAUCGGACUCUCUGCUAGUAAGGUGUUCUCUUUAAGAACGAGUGAAAAUGGACAUGGUGACGGGGUUGGUGCGUCGUAAGCACUGCUUUGUGAACACUGAGGCGAUUUGCCGGCUGCAGGGCAUGAUCCCCUUCUUCAAGACCAUCGACGAGAAGGGCAGCCUGAAUCCUGUGCUGUUUGCGGGGCCGGAGUUUCAGGGGUUGAUAAAAUCCGUGAUCCGAGAGGAGGCCGUUUGGAAGUCGCUGCUGGUUGGCAAGCGGUACAAAUCGGGCUACGCGGGCGGACUGCUACGGCUGGCGAAGGAAGGUGGGCAGGAGCAACAAGAUGCAGUUUUGUUAGUGGAGCAGACGCGAUGGCGCGACGGGUGGAGGCGUUUGAGAUCGAACUAAACUUCGCGCUGCUUAAGCGCGUGGGGAAAACGUUCGGGGUGGACAUGAAUCUAGGUGGAACUUCUGCAAAUGAUCCUCAUGCAGACGUUAUCUCGACGUUGUUGAAGACCUCACACCCCUCGCACACUUCGCAGUUGGUGGUGCCGGCGAGGGUCGGCGACGUGCGAGAACUCGCGAAGGAACUCAUGGCGGCAGCAGUCCGGACGCCGGAAGGCAGGGGGAAGCUGGUUUUCGAAUGACUGUCAGCGAGUGUCGACAACUGGAUCGACGAUAUUCGGAGUCAGGACUAUCUGUCCUUCGUGAAAGAGACGAAUACUAAUUUUCAGAAAGGGAAGGGGAAGACGGAUGUCAGUGUCAGCAUAGGAGAAGGGCAAGCUGCUGUUGUUGAAGAGAACACGACGUCGCCUCCACCCGCAAACCAUCUUCCGUUGAGCUUCGGGACGUUACCGGAUGAGUGGUAAACGCGGUUGCGCUCGAAGUGGCCGCCGCCCGCCACGAAAGUCGUGUUCAUGACGCGUGGAGGAAGCUAUUUGUACAACCUGCACACAGCUGCCUCGGAUGAGGACUAUCUGGUGAUCUUGUUUUUGGCGCCGACGUUGACAUCGCAAGCCGGGCGCCGUCCGCCACGGAAUUCCACUGCCACUCCGUCGCGCGACAAGGCGGGUUCGCACGCGAUAAGGCGAGGGAGGUGGAGUAUUCCGGUCGGGAGCUGUGGUCCUUCCUCGUGGAGCUGUGCAAAGACAACCCACGGAACGUGGAACUGCUCUUCGCGCCUGCUCCACCUGCUUCCUCGAAAAAUAGUUCGGUCGUGAUUACACGAGAACUCAGUUGUCAACUGUCCUCGUGGAUUUGGGUAGAACUGCGGCAGCGGUGGAGGUGGUUUCUCACGCAGCGCUGCUUGAGUCAAAACCUCGGCUUCAUCGGGGAAAGGCUGUACCGCGCAGUAAGAGAGCUCGCGGAAAAUCUACCGGAAGUUCAACUUGGCGAGUCGGAAGGAAAUUCCGGUGGAUUUUCCGCGACGAGUGCUUCCGGUUGCCAAGUAGAGGAAAAGGAAAAGGUCAACUCAGCUUCUUCAGAAGCACAACCUCCCGCGGAGGCGGUCGCGGCUGGUAAGCGAAUAGCGAAGCUGUUGUACCACCAAUGGCACAAGAUUUUCGAGGCUUAGCGCAUAUGCGCGGGAAAGGAGCCCGCUGUUGCUCUGCAGAGCGAGGAGCACGACUUUGUGAUGAAGCUGCGGCUGCAGCCCAUGACGACGGCGCGCUCCCUUGACCGCAGCACCGUGAGCGACUCGUUGCUGCAGCCAGCGCUGGAACAAGUUCACGGGCUACGACCCGUUCCAAACCGGGCGUCCGGGCUGGUUGUGGAACGCCGACCACAACUACGUGCUGUUGCAGCCGGAGGAAGGCGCGAGUGGCUUACACCGUCUGCAAUCCAUGUUGCGUAACCGCACGCCGAAUGGCACCACCCCGUUGAACGCAAUGUUGAUGGCGCUUAUUGACACGCUGUCUCCGCCGGCGAACCCCGCGGACGUAAACGCGAAUUGGCAGCACCCGCACCCGGCGUGGACGGCGAAUUUCGUGACGCAGUGGAAAGAGCGACACGACCACCAAUUCGUGCUGCCGGAGCUGAAAAACAAAAACAUGACGCCGACGGACAUGAUUUUUGGGUUGAGAUCCGGGCGCUUAGCUGAGGCCGAGCCGGAAGCGGAGACACGUGUUGGUGGCGGCUUAAUCCGCCAAGAGUUAGCCGAGAGAGCAGAGCGGGCGUAUAUUAACCCCCGCACGAAGCGCGUGUUUGUGGCAGAAGAGUCACGGCCACCAUCUUUACGAACGAGCCAGCGGGGCGACUAG